GCUGAAAGGAACACCAAAACCAGGUGAAAAGAAGGGAAGCAACAGAGGAGAGAAAAGGUUGAAGCUUAUGAAAUUUCCAUUUCUGUUUUAGAGAAUCGAUUUUUUUUUGGCUCUAAAAGUUUGAAUCUGAAAGCAAUAAGGUUAUGGUGAACUGGUGUUUGUGACUUUGAAGGGAUUUUUUUUGAUUCUUAUGGACAGAAGUAGAGAAGCUAGAAGAUCAAACAUGGCGGCAACAAACGGAUUGUCAAGACGUCGGCAAAGAACAAGCAAUCUUCGAGAUUCGCAAGAAGAAGACGAAGAGAUGGAGUUGCAGGAUACAGCGAGGUUAAGAGAUCGUUCUAACAGAAGAGACAGGGAUAGGGAUAGAGAUGGGGAAAGAUAUAGAGAUCGAGAUUUUUCCAAUCAUAAGAGUCACCACAAGCGUCGGAGAGGUGAUAGUUUAACGCAAGGAGACGAAGAAAGUGCAGAAGAAAGUGUAGCCGAUGAAGAAGAGUAUGAAAUUGAGGAAAGAAGGGUUGCUUCUAUAAUUUCUCAAAACACCACUUCAUAUUCUUCGCCGUCUUUAUCCAACCAAAAUAGUAGAAAAUCCUUACCUCCGACCAGACACGUGCGACCAACGCCGCCGGAUUUGAAGGCCGCCGACGAGAUGAUUGGAGUCAUGGUCCCAAGAAAGGCUCGCUCUGCUUCCGUGAAAAGGUUGCAUGAGAAUUGGGCUUCUGGAAAUGGUGGAUUUUGGGAAGACCAUAGAGCUUCCACUUCGAGUCGGAGCAUUGAGGUUAAUUCACCUUCAUCUUCUAAUGUUUCAGUGAGGAAAAAGAUGAAAUCAAAUGGACCUAAGACUCGUCUUCCAAAGGCGGCAAAAUCUUCUAGCUCUGUCCAACAAGAUGAUAUCGAGAUCGAGAUUGCUGAAGUUUUGUUUGGGCUAAUGAAGCAAUCCCAGAACUCUAAGAAAGAAGAUGAUAGUUUCGGAAAGACAGUGCAAAAGCUUGAAUCCGAGGAUGGUAUCAGUAACAAUCCAGACGCCAAACCAUCUGUUUCAGUUUUGGCUCGGAAAGAUAGCGCUUCAUCAGAUCUUGGUGGUGCCACGAAGAAGAAAGUCGAGGUUGAUAAUUCUUCAAACCCAGUUUGUUCCGCAGUUAAGUUUGAAAGCGAGCAGCUACCAACUAAAUCGGAAAUAUCUACACCGAAAUUGGAGAAAGCAUCUCAAUUGAAUGUGGCUUCUUGUGAAGCUUCUAAUGAAAUAGAUGCUCCUAAAGUUGAAUCUGUGACGGUAGAGCCGCAGGAAGAAGUACCCAAGCAGGGUGAUACAAAACUAUCAAUUGAAGGGUCAGAUUGCCCAAGCCCUCCUAUGACGGAGAAAAAAUCAGUUUCGGCUGAUAAAGAAUCUUCUGCUACCUGCUGUAAUAUGGAUUCUACGGUGACAAAAGCGAGUUCAACUGUAUUGGAGACUGGAGGCUCAAAAGUUGAGAAAUUCAAGAUUGAUCUGAUGGCUCCUCCUCCUAUGGUCUUAUCUCCUGAACAGGAUGGCUUCAGUGAUUUUGCUUCAUAUCAUGCAACUACAGCCCAGUAUAUCAAUAUGAAGUCUUUGGUUAGGGACGAAGAAAAGGAGAAGUUUGUGAAGAAGGAAACAGCAGUACAGGAAGUGGAAGAGAAGAAGAUUGAGCCUAUUGAAGAAAAGAGCAAACUGAAGUUUGAUUUGGAAAAGUCAAAUCUAGAUGAUAGAAGAGAUAGUGCCAGUAAAUUACAACACCAUAGUCAAAAACAGGAGCCACCUAAAUCUGCAGUUCCUAGAGUGGAAAGAACUGGUCAAUCUGGUUCAGUGCCUUUUCAGGUUGCCGUAGCUGGCUGGCCAAAUGGUCUUCCACCUCUGGGAUACAUGCCUCCAUUUCAAACAAUUGUGUCCGUGGAUGGAAGUGCCAGAUCUGCCCCAACUCAGCAGCCUCCCCAAUUUAUGCUCUCUCAACCUCGGCCAAAGAGGUGUGCUACCCACCAUCACAUUGCUCGAAAUAUAUACUUGAAUCAGCAGUUUGCAAAGAUGAAUCACUUAUGGCCAGCUGGAGCUAGUUCUACUUCUUUAAUUGGGGCCAAAUCCAGCCCCUCAACGGAAAACUUAAUUCAUGGAAACCAAUUGCAAGGAAGCUUUCCAGUUGUGAAUAUUAACUCUGUGCAGGAAAAAGGCCAGACCGCAACCAACUUUCCAGAUCUUACUCAGAAAGAUAAAAGCUCUGAGAAUGUAAAUUUAAUGGACCCAGUGCAGAGAAAGCAGCUUGUGCUUCAACAAGCUCCACAUGCUACCUCAGCUGGUAACUUUUUGCAUGCCCCUGCUUUCAUCUUCCCUGUAAGCCAACAACAAGCAGCAAUAACUGCAGCGGCAAAUCAAUCUGGGUCUUCAAAAUCUGCUACCUCAGCUAAAAGUGCAUCAUUCUCUGGUAAUUCAACAGCUUCAAUUCCGGUAAGCUCUACAGCAUUACCAGCAGUAGCUGCAGCUGCGAGUUAUAAUUACCCAAAUAUGGCUGCCAGUGGGGCACCUUACUUGACCAUAGUACAGAAUGAUGGGUUUCCAUUUCCCGUUCCCACACCUAUCGGAGCUCCACCAGGAGUUAGAGGAGCUCAUCCUCAACCAUUGCCUUACUUUAAUGGGUCUUUCUAUUCAUCUCAGAUAUUUCAUCCUGCUCAACUCCAGCAGCAACAGCAACCUCACUCACAGCCUUUAAUACAAGCAGUUUAUCAAAAUACAACUGUGUCAAGUGUGUCAUCAGCAUCUCACAAGCAGACACAGCCUCAGAAUACACGUGGGGGGUCAAUGAGUGGUAACUUAUUGAGCUCAACAAGUAUGUUGCCACAUCAACAGCAAAAGCAGCAUGUGCCACCAUCCAACCAAAAUCGCAGGCUUGAGCCUGAAAUGAGUGGGGAGAAUGCCCCAUCACUUUGUGAUAGUCGUGUCUCUCACAAUCAAACAAGUGUUUAUGGACAGAACUUCACAGUGCCACUUCAGCCCCUAAACUUUUCCUUGAUGCCAUCACAAGUUGUUGGCGGGACAGCUGCUGGUGGAAAUCAUGGUGAGAAGCAACAGAAAUCACAGCAGACGAGUUUAAAGGGUGGAGUUGAGCUUAUCCCUUCGCAGGCGUUUGCAAUGCCAUUUGGAUCCUUUGGUGGCAACGUCUCAGCUUCAAACCUCAAUUUCUCAUCUAUGGCCCAAAAUCCUGCAAUUUUUCAGGGCCUCCCAGAUAUUGCCCGACAAGGGUACCAGGUUUCACCUGCUGCACUGGUUGCACAGCAGAAAAAUCACCAAAUAUCUGAGGUGAAGACUGGAGGAGGUUCAUCUAAUCAUGAUGAUGGGAAAAAAACAAGUUUUGGCAAGUCACCUACAUCAAAUGGACAGACACUUGUUUUUGACCAUUCAGCCAGAACUCUAAACUUUGUAUCAUCCCCAGUUACUGGAAAUUGGUCUUCACGCCCCGUUACCUCAACUAUAAUAACCAAAAAUGCCCCUGCCGCUGCUAAUUCUCAAAAUUUCCAGCAACAACAACUGCUUCAGAUCCAAAAGCAGUCAAUGUUGCAACAUCAGCAGCAGACUUCAGCAGUAGCUCGAAGUAAAGCUUCAUCAACCAACUUGUCUUCAUCUUCCAAUGCUACCAAACUCUCGAAUAAUGCCUCUGUGUUCCCACAAACUCUAGUCCAAAGCAACAGUUCCAGUCAAUCACCCCAAUGGAAGAACUCAGUAAGAACCCAAACUUCUCAAGUUCCUCCAACAUCACUCACAUCAUCCAACUCCCUAACACUCAAGAAUGUUUCCCAGCAGCAGCAAGUGAGAACCCCACAAGGCUAUACCCAGAUAUCUUUUGAAAGAAAUUCCAAGUCUGGCUUGUCACACCAAGGGCAACAAAUACCCACUAGCAGCCAAUCUCCAUCUCCUCUAGUUGUUGGAUCUUCUUCGCCGAGUGGUGGAAACCUGAGAACAUGUUCCGCUGGCAGCAAAGCUGGCUCAGCGCUCCCAAAUUUGCAACCACAGCAGACUGAGAAUUCUUCUGCUAGCACUGGCCAGAAGAACUCCCCCGUCUGUGGAAGAAAUGUCCCAUCUAUCUUGAGCACAUGUCCCGGCCACCUCUCUGAACUCAAAUACUAAGAUAUAGAGGCAACAAGAAUACAGGGCCAAAUUUUUGUCCGAAAUGCCACCGUUGUAUCUCCUGUACAAUAUUUACUCUGUCCUCGUGGGUCUCUUGCUGACAAAUCAAAUGGAAACUGAUUGGCCCUGGCAGCUUGUGGUGGAAAGGAGAGAAUCAGAUGCAAAAAUUUAGAUUUGGGGAGUCAGUAAUCUUCUGACAAGAUCGUACGGGUACAAAAUUUUUAGUUGAAAAAGUAGAGACUGGGGACCUGCCAAGUAUUCAAGGGGAUUAUGGUUUGGCCUGGUUUGAUGCUACUAUGUAUAUAAAUUUUAAUCUUUUGUUAGAAACUAAUUGUUCUAAUUCAUUAUUAAUAUAUUAGUAAAUUAAACUAAUCUUUAUCUCUUCAUUUGGGAUUAUUGAAUGGACCCUUUCUUGGGCAUUUUCAAAGUCAUCCCGAAGAUGGUAGAAAUGUUGAAAGCUUCAAGUAAUUGAUCUUAUUGGUCUAA